AUGCGUCUGUCCCGUCUUCUCUCCCUUGUGCCCUUGGCCGAUGCCGUCCCUAGAGCCAAGCGAUCCGAGCCCGCACCUCUGCUGAUCCCGCGCAGCGUCAGCACCGGGGAUCUCGUCGCGAACCAAUACAUUGUCAAGUUUAAAGAAAGUAGCACCCUAGCUGCCGUCGAAGAGACCAUCAAAUCACUCUCGCUCCCCAACGGGGCUGGUGAGGUGUUUCGCGAGGUGUUUACAGGCUUCGCGGGCCAUUUUGACGCCGCGACUCUGGACCUCAUUCGCAGCCACCCAGAGGUCCAAUAUGUGGAGCAGAAUACCAAGAUGGUUGCUUUUGCUCCCGCCACGCAGAGCCCGUCUACUUGGGGUCUCGCUCGCAUCUCUCACGAAACAAGAGGCGCCAGCAAUUACCUUUACGACUCUUCUUCUGGGUCCGGAACCUGCAGCUACAUUGUCGACAGCGGCAUUGACGCCUCCCAUUCUGAUUUCGGUGGCCGCGUAGAGCAGAUCAAGUCCUUCAUCGGCCCAAACGACGACAGCUGCGGCCACGGCACCCACGUGGCCGGCACCAUCGGCAGCAACACCUACGGCGUGGCCAAGAAGACGACGCUCCUGGGCAUCAAGGUGAUUGAUUACAACAACCGCACCCGCGAGUGCGAGGGCCCGACCAUAGGCAUCCUCCGCGGCCUCGAGUACGUGGCGCAGGACGUGGCAAAUCGCAACUGCCCCAAGGGCGUCGUGGUCAACAUGAGCCUAGGCGGCUCCUUUUCACAGGCGUCCAACGACGCGGUGGCGGAGCUCGUGAGUAAGGGCUUCUUCGUGGCCGUCGCGGCCGGCAAUGGCGACGAGAAAAAGGGUCCCAUGGACGCCGGCGACGUGUCACCCGCCUCGGAGCGUUCGGCAUGCACCGUCGGCGCGAGUGACCGUAAUGACCGCAUCGCACACUUUUCCAACUACGGCUCCAUGAUUGACAUUCACGCGCCGGGUGUUGACAUUGUCAGCCUGAAGAAUGGCGGCGGCACCGCCCUCGGGUCGGGCACGUCCAUGGCGACGCCGCACGUGGCCGGCCUGGCGGCGUACUUUAUGGGGCAGGGCAGGGCAGCGGCGGGCAUGUGCGAGUUUUUGCAAAACAUUUCAGUCAAGAAUGCCAUCUCGGGCAUGCACUAUGACACCAAGAACCUGCUGGCGCAGAAUGAUAGGGCUAGAUAG